AUGAAUGCUGUACAAGUCCUUCCUCUGGCAGAAGAUAUGCGAAAGCUGAGAAAGUUCGUCGAACAGGGGAUAACUGAAAACUCCAGGCAACUGAAGCUAUCCCCUUGCGAGGCUGCUUUUGGCGAGGGUGGCGAUGCUCAACAAGAGAAGAUCUGGAGAAGCAUCCAAACUAUUGCUUAA